AUGAAUACUGCACGCUCCUUCUGGUUCGGAUGGGGCUCUCUCUGCGUCGCUGGCGCCGGAGCCUACUUCUUCGCGAAGAAGUCCAUCAACGCCGAUCGCGCGGCCAACCUUGAGGAGCGGAGGCAAAGGAAGCUGAGGGACGCAGCCCUCGCUGAACAACAAUACCUUGCCACCCAAAACGGUCAGAAAGAAGCACCCCGAACCGACGCCGUGGGCUCUCCCUCCCAAGAAGGCAGCCAAGACCCGGCUCCCACGCGCCACGCGCCCGAGAACGAGCACCAGAGAGUCUACGAGAAGAGUAAAUACGAAAGCGACAAGCCCUUUGUGAGCCGCAAAGGCGACCGCUUCUCAUAG